GUGAUUACUGGUGGUCACUAUGAUGUAGAUUGUCGAUUAGAAGAUCCUGAUGGUAAUGUGUUAUACAAAGAGAUGAAGAAACAGUAUGAUAGUUUUACCUUCACAGCCUCCAAAAAUGGGACAUACAAAUUUUGCUUCAGCAAUGAAUUUUCUACUUUCACACAUAAAACCGUGUAUUUUGAUUUUCAAGUUGGAGAAGACCCACCUUUGUUUCCUAGUGAGAACCGAGUCAGUGCUCUUACCCAGAUGGAAUCUGCCUGUGUUUCAAUUCACGAAGCUCUGAAAUCUGUCAUUGACUAUCAGACUCAUUUCCGUUUGAGAGAGGCUCAAGGCCGAAGCCGAGCUGAGGAUCUAAAUACAAGAGUGGCCUAUUGAAUGAAAUGAAAUGCUGAGAAAUAAAGCUUUCCUAUUCUGAUUUGGAUCUUUAUAAUGGGUAUCGGAAAGUCUAAAACGGAUCCCUGCCCUCUUUCUCUCUCUUGGGGUAAAAGCCACAGUGUGGAUACGAGUCAAAGACAUCACAAGUCAGAUUCCAAGAAAUCUGAAGAAAUGUCCCUGAGUGACACUGCUGCUCAUAGCAAUACAGCAGAGAUGCCAACAGGGGAGCAGGAGGGAGCCAGGGGAGUGGAGGAGAUGCCAGAAGAGGAAGCAGAAGAAGAGGUGUUCCUCAAAUUUGUGAUACUGCAUGCUGAGGAAGACACAGACGAAGCCCUCCGAGUCCAGAAUCUGCUGGAAAAUGACUUCGGCAUCAAACCUGGAAUAAUCUUUGCUGAGAUGCCAUGUGGCAGGCAGCAUUUACAGAAUUUGGAUGAUGCUGUCAAUGGGUCUGCCUGGACAAUCUUAUUAUUGACCAAAAACUUUUUAAGAGAUACCUGGUGUAAGUUCCAGUUCUAUACGUCCCUCAUGAACUCUGUCAACAGGCAGCACAAGUACAACUCCGUCAUCCCCAUGCGGCCCCUGAACAACCCCCUGCCCCGAGAAAGGACUCCCUUUGCUCUGCGAACCAUCAACGCCCUGGAGGAAGAAAGUCGUGGCUUUCCUACACAAGUGGAAAGGAUUUUUCAGGAUUCUGUUUAUAGGAUACAGCAGGCUAUAUGGAAAGAAACCAGAAAUACGGUACAAAGGCAAUUUAUUGCCUGAGACGGAACACACAACACACAGCAGGCUCUUGUUUUGAAAAACAAAUGAUUUAUCUCCACUUGAGAAAGCAAAUUUCUAGGAAGAGUUUAGAUGAAAGAGAACCUUACUCUUACAGAAACUUAUGGAGCCCAAGAAAGAUAAAUUUCUGCAGGACAGUCUAUAGAAUUGUGGUACUUUUUAAUGUUUCCAUAAACUUGAAAUUGUCAGAGUUUCAAAAAAAAAAAAAAAAGAACUCUGUUUCCUCUCACAGUUCUCCUAGUUCAUGAUUACAACAAAAGAUAUUUUAAAUUCAUAUUCCUCGUAUUGAACUUGAUCAAAACCUUAUAUGACAGACAUUUAAAAACUACAAUAACACUGAUUUUGUUCUCAAAGGAACCGCAGGAAAAAAAUGGCCUCGAGAGAUCGGAGCACCCUCACUUUCGAGGCACCUCUCAUGAAUGUUGCAAUAAAGUGUUCCUGGUGUUGUCAACCAGAAAUAGGGAUAGCCAGACUAGAACAUUUAGAAUGUUGAGUGCUGAUAAAUAUGAAACCCAAAAUAGAUGCGAGAAUGGUAGGGCUCUUUAAAAGAAUCCA